AUGAUCGAGUUACAAUUGUUACAGACUGGUAAGGGGGGAGAUCCCGAGUUCGUGAAAGCCUCUCAACGGAAACGGGGUGGCGAAAAGGCGGCCGAAUUAGUCGACGAAGUCUUGGAACUAUACACUAGUUGGACCAAAGUCGGUUUUCAGCUAAAGGAGGCUCGCACAGAAGGUAACGUCAUCAAGAAAAGAAUCGGUGAGGCCAAAAAAGCCAAGAAGCAGCCUGAGCCCGAAUUAUGGGCUUCCAAAGAGCAAUUGGAUGACAAAAUCAAACAAUUGGAAAAGGAAGAAGCCGAUGCCGAAAACCUACUGAAGAAUCGGGCCAGUAGUAUUGGCAACAUUGUACAUGAGAGUGUCCCCGUCAGCAUGUCAGAGGAUGACAACGUAAUCCUGAGAACAUGGAAUCAGGAACUGGGCAUGCCGUUCGAAAAACGCGAUGAUUUUUUAUCGCACGACAUAGUGAUGCACAGGCUAGACGCGGUGGAUCUGGAGCGAGGAGCCAAGGUUGCAGGCCAUCGGGGCUUCUUUCUGAUCAACGAUGGUGUCGAUCUCAACCAGGCUAUGAUCAACUAUGGACUGGACUUCUUACGCAAAAAAGGAUUCAGGAAAACUAUGGCUCCGUUCAUGAUGAGGAAGACAUUGAUGGCCAAGACCGCUCAACUGGAGGAGUUCGAUGAGGCUCUUUAUCGCCUAUCCGGUGAUGGGGAAGAUGAUAAAUAUCUCAUUGCUACCUCUGAGCAACCUUUAUCAGCCUAUCAUUCGGACGAGUGGUUUGAAAAACCAAAGGAGCAACUGCCUCUCAAGUACGCAGGAUACUCGACAUGUUUCAGGAAAGAGGCGGGCUCGCAUGGACGCGAUACAUGGGGAAUAUUCCGGGUACAUCAGUUCGAAAAAGUGGAACAAUUCUGCAUCACCGACCCGUCGAAAUCGUGGGAGAUGUUUGAAGAGAUGAUCCAGAACUCUGAGGAUUUCUACCAAUCCUUGGGGAUCGGCUAUCGACUCGUUGGCAUCGUUAGUGGUGCGUUGAAUAAUGCGGCGGCGAAGAAAGCCGACUUGGAAGCCUGGUUCCCGUCGAUGGGCGAGUUCAAAGAACUCGUUUCCGUCAGCAAUUGUACCGAUUAUCAAUCAAGAAGCUUAGAGGUCAGAUGUGGGGUUAAGAAGCAAGGUGACACCCAGAAGGUAUAUGUCCACAUGCUUAACGGUACUCUCUGUGCUACAGAAAGAGCACUCUGUUGCUUGGUCGAAAACUAUCAAACUCAAGAUGGCUUGGUGAUUCCUCAUGUACUUAGACCGUACAUGCAAGGCCGAGAUUUCUUACCAUUUGUCAAGGAAGCCCCAAAAAAGAAGAAAUAA